CUUAGAGUGGCUUGACGCGAAUAACGACAAGACAUCCAACAAACGCGAUUCCCCAAAUUUCCCACGCUCAUUUUGUCGUUCGCGAUCGAACUUUGAUCUUUCUUCUCUUCAGGUCGCUUUCUCAUUUAAAAUCCUUCUUCGAAACGAUACCCUUCUAAUCGCCCGCCAUGGUCGCAAACACGAACAAGUACUCGGUUAUCUUGCCAACCUACAAUGAGCGCAAGAACCUGCCCAUCAUUACCUGGUUGUUGAACCGUACCUUUACUGAGAACAACCUCGAUUGGGAACUCAUCAUCGUCGACGACGGCUCCCCCGAUGGAACCCAAGAAGUUGCCCAGCAGCUCGUCAAGGUCUACUCCCCCCACGUUGUCCUCAAGCCCCGCGCUGGCAAACUCGGUCUCGGAACAGCCUACGUCCACGGUCUCAAGUUUGUCACCGGCAAUUUUGUCAUCAUCAUGGACGCCGACUUCUCCCAUCACCCCAAGUUCAUCCCCGAGAUGGUCGCUCUCCAGGCCAAGGGCAACUACGAUAUCGUCACGGGUACUCGCUACGCUGGAAACGGUGGUGUCUUCGGUUGGGAUCUCAAGCGCAAGUUCGUCAGCCGUGGUGCCAACUUGUUCGCCGAUACUGUCCUCCGCCCUGGCGUGAGUGACCUCACGGGCAGCUUCCGACUGUACAAGCGUGCUGCGCUAGAGAAGGCUAUUGCUAGCACUGAGAGCAAGGGAUACAGUUUCCAGAUGGAGCUUAUGGUGCGAGCGAAGGCUAUGGGAUGCACUGUCGCUGAGGUUCCCAUCUCUUUCGUCGAUCGUCUUUAUGGAGAGAGCAAGCUUGGUGGUGAUGAGAUUGUUCAGUAUGCCCAGGGUGUCUUCAACUUGUGGCUCAAGGUCUAAGAAUGGGAAUGGCAUGCACAAAAGGGACAUAUCUUGUUGGAUGGGGGCGUUUGGGGAAGUAUAGUACCGUUUAAUCUAAUACCACGUUUCUUCGUCAA